ACAGUGCCGUCGGAUCCUCUGCCAUCCCCUCCCCCCGCCACCCGGCGGCGGGCCGUGGCGGCAGAGGAGUAGUCUUUGCGGGCGGUGUCCCGGUCGCCGCGCUUUCCUUUCCACUCGGCCGUUGACUGCUGUGGCGGCAGCGUCGACCGCCACGGAGCUCGGCUGGGUCUUUGCCAGCGGUGCCGCUCCAUGGGAGUGGGCUGAGCUGGGACACGGCCUUCCUCUGCGAUUCAUUCAGCACUCGUGUUGAAACAAUACGGUACUCCCGCGCUGUUACGCAAGUUACAGCACCGUUAUCGUAAAGGCAUUGGGGAAUGCUGUAGCAUAGCGUUAAAAGCAACGCACCUGGAAUUUACAUUUAGUGUAACUUAUUAACCAAAAUCACAUGAUUCCUGAUGGUCACAAUGAGAAGGAAAGCGAAACAAAAAUCUGAAACAAUACAAUGCACCUCAGGAUGCCUAACCUUCAUCGUACCUCGUCGGCAGAAAUCCCGUCACUUCAGCGCUACAUCUAAAUUGCUAAUACUAGAAUGUUCUACACGAUAUGCUACAACUAACCCAGUUAUGUUUAAAAGUAGAGGUUUCAAUGGAAAUGAGACCAGCGACAAGGAGAACAUUGAGGCGAUUUUGGAGAAGAUAAUUGUUUUAAAACUUAAUUUGUCAUCAAGAAGAAAUUAUGCGAAAUCUACUAAGUAUUUGAAAAGACGUUGGGAGUUAUUUUUUCAGGCCUUAAAACUUUUGUGGGAUUGUGAGAUACGGCGUCAGUGCCCGGACGGGGCACAAGAGCGGGAUUAUGGGCACGCCGUUGUUAGCUUCUCGCGGCGCUCGGCGCGUGACCAAGUACUGCGAAGCAGCGGCUGCCGUCUCUUCAUUGCGCCCUUAUCUCUGCUGGCGUCCGCCCUUGUCGCUGCCGAUUUCAAGAUUGUGUACUGCACGAGACAAUUUUGCUCGAGCAUGGCGGCAGUUUGCAGAAAAUCCCCUGGACGUCAGCCCAGAAGGACAGGAUUUCCUCACCGCGACCCAACGAGCGAAAUAUGCUUGGCCUUGAAAGCCGAGUAUCCGUGGGUCGCCAUCGGCCCCUGUAACCGCGACGCGAUCACUUUGCGCUCCCUGUGUAGCGGCCAGGCUGCCAAUACAAUGGAAAUUGCCGCCUCUUCCCGCCGGCGCGUGAACCAGCCCCCCCCCCAGCCAAUGCGCCAUGGUGCUCAAGGUCACGCAGCAUUUAUAUCACCGCAAACUAAUUUCUGUACUUUUAAGACGCAACACUCUGUUGUAGAUUCGUUCGGGGUCGUUAGUGUCAUUUGUAAAUACUACAAUUCUACCCGACAACUGGGCGCUAAGGCUAGUAUGUAUAUGAAAUUUGCUAACUGGGUAUGUUACAGAAGAAGCUAUAUUGUGGACAAUAAAUCUUAUGGAAAAAUUGUUGAAUUAGUCAAGACGUAA